AUGCAGGUUACGCAAGAGGCUGACGAAUUAGAACUACAAACGCUACUCCCGAAAAUGGUGGCUGGUAUCUCACACCUAAGUCUCGAUUCCAAUCUGUCUGGUUCACCGUCAACUAGCCAACAAGCAAGUCCCACCGUCGCGAUCUGCGCCUGUCUGCGAGAAGUUCUCCCUUCAAACCUUAAGCAAGACAUUGGUGACUUGAUAGGUAGUGUUCCGAGUCCAAAGUACUUGAAAUUCCGAUCAGAGGAGCAUAUACAAAUUCACGAAGAAGGCCUUGGAGGACUUAGACCUUCAAGGGGAUGCUUUCACAGGCUCUUGCGGUGGCCCUUUUGCGGCAGGACCAAGGCCUUUUCACCUGAAGGCCCUGUAGCUGAAGCCCGCGGAGCCGGGGUUAUCCCGCCACUUUUUGUUAAUUGGCGAAUUUCAUCCAAGGUCUACAUCUUUGGGACCUCCUGUCCGAUGAAAGUGCGUCGGAGUAUCCUGCUGCUUGGACCAGCAGGGCUUCGUAAGUCGCAUGUUCUCAAGUGUCUCUGGGAAAUGGCUCCGGACAGCUUCUUCAGCCCAUCGCGUAAGUCAGGGACGUUUUUCAUCACAGUUUAA